GAGUUGUGACAAGAUGGCGGGAAUACGUGGAUUCCAACUGUCCCAAAUUUUUAUCCUUUUAAUGCAGUUUUAUCAACUUAUUUAUGCCACCACCAGCGGCAAAGUAUUGAGAAAGGAAUAUUCUACCUCUGGAAAAUUGGUAACCGUGAACAAUCAGCCGGAGUUUACAAACAAUACUUAUUUUAUAUAUCAGAUGUGUGACCGGAAGUCGUAUUUAUACAAUAUGUUACAUACAAACAGUCGCUUUGAUCACGUCCUACUAAAAUGCAUACUCCUCCUUUGCGGUGAUGUGUCGCCUAAUCCAGGGACAGUUAGAUUUCCUUGCAGUACAUGUAGAAAACCGGUAAAGUCUAACCAGAAAGCGAUACAAUGUGACUUCUGUGAGCUAUGGGUUCAUUUGAAAUGUACAAACUUAGAUCUUGCUGCUUACAUGAGUCUCGGUAAAUCUGACGACUACUUCUACUGCAAUCUGUGUGAAUCCCGACUACCAAACUUUACAGAUUCAUUUUUCGAUGACGAGGAAACCACUUACUCCCAGCUGCCGAGUGGAGACGGGAUGCACGAAAAUGUACAGUUCACAUCAACAAAUCAGAGUAAUUCCCCUUUGGCUACACCAAAUGGGAAAUCGAAAGUACAAGAAAAUGAGGAAGACGAUAUAUUUGUUGAACUUUUUUCAGCUAGGAAAGCUAAUCCAAAGAAAUUUAUAGUCGCAUACCUAAAUAUAAACAGUCUGCGGAGCAAAAUCGAGCACAUACAUGAGCUAUUAACUCGAAAUAUAGUUGAUAUACUCUUUUUGUCAGAAACAAAACUUGAUGAGACUUUUGUGGACGCCCAGUUCCAGGUGGACAAUUAUAUCCUAUGGAGAAGGGAUCGAAACGCACAUGGAAGGGGAAUAGUGGCAUAUCUAAGAUCUGAUCUACCAGGUAACAGGAAGAGGCAAUUCGAAUUCAAGUCAAUCGAGGCCAUAGAACUGGGUAUGGAUGUCAGUCCACCUUACUAAGGAUCAUGGAAGACUGGAAGAGAGCCUUGGAUGAGAAUAAGUAUGUAGCCGCAAUUCUUAUGGAUCUCUCUAAGGCUUUCGACUGUCUCCCCCCUGAUUUGCUUCUCUUAAAACUUAAACACUACGGUCUUGGAAAUGAAGCCUUAAGUCUUAUGGAAAGUUAUCUCAGUGAAAGAUAUCAAUAUGUGAAAAUCGGGGAGUUUUCUAGUUCAUUUCAAUCAGUUUUCAAGGGCAUUCCUCAGGGCUCGAUACUUGGACCGAUACUGUUUAAUGUCUUUAUAAAUUAUAUUUUCGGCUUUGUCUCUGACUCUUCCAUUUAUAAUUAUGCUGUUUCUUACUCUCAUGAAAAAGCAGAUAUAUUAAAGACCACAUUGGAAAAUGAUAGCGUAUCCCUUUUAAACUGGUUCAAUUGCAACAAAAUGAAAGCAAACUCUGACAAAUUUCAGGCAAUUUCAGUAGGAAAGAAGAGCAAAGAUUUAGAAUUAACUUUUGAUUUAGGAGAAACUACUCUAUGCAGUGAAUCGGAGGUUAAACUAUUAGGGGUGACCAUAGAUUAUCAAUUAAAUUUCAACUCCCAUAUUACUGACAUCUGUAGGAAGGCAGCUAGACAAUUAGAUGUGUUAAAAAGAAUAGGACACAAUCUUAAUCGUCUAAGUAAACUUACAAUUUACCAUUCCUUUAUUUUAUCAAAUUUUAGCUACUGCCCCCUUACCUGGCACUUCUGCUGGAGAAGAAUACCACAAAAAUGAAAAACCUACAGAAAAGGGCCCUUCGUUUCAUAUAUAAUGAUUAUGUUUCUACAUAUGAUGAAUUGCUUCAUAAAUCUCUUCUUCCAACCUUAAAAGUAAGGCGUAUGCGCACACUGGCUAUAGAAACUUAUAAAAUUAUAAACAAAUCCAGCCCUCUGUUUCUUCAUCACAUCAUUGCAUUUAAUGAUCACUCUUACAGUUUUAGAUAUACAAACACUGCCAUUGUGCCCAGUGUCAGGACAACCAGGUAUGGGUUGCAAUCCUUUAGGUGCAGUGCUCCUAAAAUCUGGAACUCUUUGCCAAAUGAAGCUAGGCAUCUUAAUUACCACCUUAAAUCAAUUUAAAAGUUUUAUUUCCACUUGGUCUGGCCCCACAUGUAAGUGUAAAUCAUGCAGAUCUUAGGUCCAUUGUAUAUAGCUUUAUAUCUCCAUGGCUCAAUAGACCUUUCUUUUCUAUUUUUACUUUUAUUAUUUAUUUUUUAGUAAAUUCCAUCAGCAAUGAAAUUUUAAAUAUUUACAUGAUUAAUUUACUACCAUCAUUUAUUUUAAUUAUAUUUAAAUUAUUUUCAAAAACUCUUAUACUAUACAGCUUUUACUUGAAACAGCAAACAUAGCUAAUUGGUUUGAAAUUUAAUGAUGCUUUUUAUACAUAUACUCUUGCUUGUAGUAUUUUAUUUCUUCCUCGUAGUCUUAUGCUUUCGUAUCUGUAUAUUCUUGCAUGAAAGUUUUCUUUUAUUUUGUAUUCUUUUGUUAAUCUGUGAUAUGUCUGUGUAUAUGUGUACAUGCAUGCUAUGUGUCUUUGUCCUUGAUAUAAUUGAAUGUGAUAGUCGGUUAAAAAGCUCUACAGAGCUUGUGUUUGACAUGUUGAAUGUAUAUAGUGCCGACUUUAAAUAAAAUUUACUUUACUUUAUUUACUUGUACAUGCAUUUGUAAACAUGCACGAUAGCACUGUGUUGACAGAUGCCCGCUGAUCUUGUUUGUUUUAGGUGUUUCACAUAACAUUAGACAUAAAAAUUUAUAGGAUUACGAUCGACGAGAUUGGAGCACAUUUUCUGCACAUUUUGUGCUACAUACAGAUUUUCACGAAGUUGACAUAAUAUAUUCUCCCCAAAAUCAUGAUUGUUUUGUUUCGUUUUUGAACAAUUUUUGAUUACUUGCAAUUCUUUUGUUGGCCGAUCUCGGCAUUCAAUAAUAUAAAGAUGUAUUAAAAAAAAAUUCAAAAAAUCCAGUACACUUUUUUUAUGCUGACGUAUGCGUAUAAAUACAUCGUUUAUAUUUUGAGUGAAUUAUACACAGGUCAUCAUGGUCAGUGUACUGGAUUUUGAGGGGUUAGGUUAGAGUUCUAGAUUUUCAUAUUACGCAUGCGUGGUGUAUUACUUUAUUUGUUUACACUAAACGGAAGAAAUGCAUGAUGUGAAAUUCGGUCGUGUUAUUACAAGAUAGCUCAUUGGAACGACAGGUAAACAUGUAGAUAUAAAGAGAUACAAUUUAGGGACAACGUGAAACAGCCAUGAUCAACGUAUCUUUAAACACACAGACCGUUUUGGCGGGAGUUAGUAUAGGUCUCGUGGUGUAUUACGUCAUCAAACGAAUGCGAUAUCGUCUGCCGCCAGGACCACGAUGCAUACCUGUAAUCGGGAAUUAUUCAGUUUAUACCUCGCUUGAAAUCCAUAAGAAAGCAGUGGAACUCUCCAAGAAUUAUGGUCCAGUAUUAAGUCUGUCUUUUGGUCCCCAAACAUGGAUCAUUUUAAACAAUAUUGAUGUGGUGCUGGAAGCAAUGGUGAAAAGGAAGGCGGACUUUGCUGGAAGACCGAAAUUUGCAUCUGGUGAUAUGUUUACGGAGGGCGGGAAAGACAUUGUCUUUAGUACUUACUCACCAACUUGGAAAUUGCACAGGAAAAUAGCAGGCAAAGCACUAAGGCAUUACUUACAAGGGAAUCUACUUGAAAACAUGAUACAAGACAACAUGAUCAAAUUUCUGGAUAAAAUGGCGGAGGAGAAAGAGCCGUUCUGUGCAAAAGACUAUAUCAAUCUGAUGGUUUUCCAUCAACUCUACACCAUUUGUUUUGGUGAGAAGCGAGCAGUGGAUGACCCAGAAGUGAAAGGACUUCUGAAAUUAGAUGAAGACUUGUUCAACGAUUUGGGAAGCGGUGUGCUAGAGGAUGCGUUUCCAUACUUCAAGGAUAUAUUUCCAACAGCAAAAUGGAAGAAACUGGUGAGCAAAACAGAGGAACUUUACGCAAUACUCCGAGCCAAAUUCAAAGAACACAUGGACACUUUCGAACCAGGUAUAAACAGGGACUUCACAGACAGUUUACUGAUCGCCAGACAGGAAGCAGAAAAUAAGGGGGAUGAAGCGGCCCUGGAGAAAUUGGACGAUACACACUUAGUUCAGACCAUAUCGGACAUAUUUUUCGGUGGAGUGGACACCACCAGAAUGACCAUGGACUGGUUUGUGUACUUCAUGACCAAGCAUCCGGAAAUCCAGUCUAAAUGCCAGGAGGAAAUUGACAGAGUUGUUGGUUCUGGUAUUCCGUCGAUGAAGAACAGGAACGAUUUUGAUCUUACAGAGGCGUGUCUUUUCGAGACUUUGAGAAUGGGGAAUGUCGCGGGACUAGGUGUCCCGCACAUGACUAUCUGUGAUUCUCAAGUUGGUGGAUACGACAUUCCUAAAGGGACUACCGUUAUGAUAAACCACUGGGCACUUCAUCACGACCCCAAGUAUUGGAAAGAUCAUGAGAGUUUCGAUCCCUAUCGAUACCUUGAUGAAAAUGGCAAAAUGAAACCAACAAGACCUGAUAGCUGGCUUCCCUUUUCAGCAGGCCGCCGAGUUUGUUUGGGCGAAAAUGUCGCCAAACCGGAAUUGUUGUUGAUGUGUGCAAAUAUUUUGCAACGAUUUGAAAUCCGACUUCCGGAUGGCGUCAAAGCAAACCCCGAGUACAAGAUGAUGGGAUUUGGUUUAGAGCUUCCGUCCGAGUACAAGGUUAUUGUAAAAGAGAGAGCGAAGAACUGAUAGGGCGAUAAUAGCAUCCGUCAUUGAAUAUAGUAGGAUUAAAAGUCAGUUGUGUUCUAUACAUAGUAACAACGGACAUCAAGCUGUUCAAAUAUCAUGGGAUCAUUUCUAAUCGAAACGUGGAUUGAUUUUGAGGUUAGGUAGAAACAUUGUAUUUAAUGCUAUAGUUAAGUGUUUGUAAUCCAUUCGAUUAUUAUUGACACUAAGGCUCAGUACAGGUAUUAUUAACCAUAGUCACAAGUAUAUCUGACACAUUUAGUACAGUGUUAUCACGCAUAUAAAGGCUAUACAGUAUUUCUCAUAGAUAAUGGAGUCUUUUAAGUAUAACAAGAUAAACAUUUUGUAGAAUAAUUUUCAAUUGGAUUAAAAGGAUGUUCACCUGGAA